AUGGAUUCGAUGCAGAGACUCUCGACGUCUCUGCCGCGGAACCGCCGCGAUGUGCCCAACGACCUGCUCACUGACUUCAAGGCGGCGGCAAGGUCGGUGACCGAUCUGUAUAGGAUGGCCGUUACUUCGCAAAAGCAGGCACGGCAUGCAGGCUACCAGGAUGCCUUGGAUGAUUUGUUGCUCUUCUUGGAUAAGGAGAACAUGGGCCUCAUGGACGGGGAGGGGUGGAGGGUGAGACAAUGGGCCACUGAGCGCCUGGAGGGCGCUGGCAUCGUCCCAGCACCUGCCACCACAGACGACGAUGAGGAGGACAGAUCGUCUGUAAAGGAGGAAGAGAAGGACGACACCAGGAGCUCGAGCCCAGAAAUACAACGACGCCCAAUUCCCCCCGGAGCUACGAGCGAAAUUACUGUUGAAGACGAUGCACCACUGCCGAGACGAGUCGUUUCAGAGCCACCACAAGAGACCACCACUACUGUCCACUCAGCAACACCGCACCAUUCGCUUCCCCAGACAGACUUUACCUAUCAGUCUACGCACGCAUACCCAUCUGGCAACCACGAUAGAGACAUGGAAAUUGAUGUCGGCAACAAUCCUCUUGUACAGGCCUACACACCAACAUCUGCACCAUCAAGCACCGAAACCGUACGCCUAAUACCACGUUCUUCACGCUCCAAUCGUCGCUCCAACCACAACCGGCGAACGGGUAAUGAGAAUCGCGCUCCAUUAAAUUUCAAUCUCGGAUCUGCUUCUGGCACGAAACGAAAAAUUCCUUUUCCAGACUUUUUUGACAUCUCCGGCAUCAACGACAAUGGAGAUAGAAGAGAUGACGGUGGCCGAGGA